ACACGAAGGUUAACCGUUUUAGCGUCUUGGAGUCUGCUUCGAGCCACAGCCUGAAAAGCAUCCAUCUUUAUAACUCCCCCCCUCCCUCUCUCUCUGCUCUGUUUAUGAGUUACAGAGAGCGAAAAUGGAGGUGAAACUGGUGCCUUGUUUGGUAGUCUCUAUUUUGAUCCUAUGCAAUGUGACCCAUGUGAGAUCAGAUGCAUCUAAUCAUCGUUACAAAGUAGGUGAUGGUGUCCCUCUUUAUGUUAACAAAGUUGGACCUUUUCACAAUCCCAGUGAAACAUACCGUUACUUCGAUCUUCCUUUCUGUUCAUCAGGUCCUACAAAGGACAAGAAGGAAGCCCUUGGUGAACUGUUGAACGGGGAUCGUUUAGUGACUGCCCCAUACAAACUUGACUUUUUAAAUGACAAAGACUCUGAAAUUGCUUGCAAAAACAAGCUGACAAAGGAGCAAGUUGCUCAGUUCCGAGAAGCAGUUUCCAAAGACUACUACUUCCAAAUGUACUACGAUGACUUGCCCAUUUGGGGUUUCAUAGGGAAAGUUGAAAAGGAAGGCAAGAAUGACCCUAGCGAAUACAAAUAUUACCUCUUUAAGCAUCUUCACUUCACCAUCUUUUACAACAAGGAUCGUGUCAUUGAGAUAACUGCACUAUCUGAUCAGAAAAAUGUUGUAGAGCUGACUGAAAAUAAGGAAGUUAAUGUGGAGUUCAUGUAUUCAGUUAAAUGGAAGGAAACAGAAAUUCCGUUUGAGAAAAGGAUGGAGAAAUAUUCACAAUCUUCUUCUCUGCCUCAUCACUUGGAAAUUCAUUGGUUCUCAAUUAUUAACUCAUGUGUGACUGUUCUCCUCUUGACUGGUUUUCUUGCAACAAUUCUCAUGCGAGUCCUGAAGAAUGAUUUUGUCAAGUAUGCUCAUGAUGAGGAAUCGGCUGAAGACCAAGAAGAGACCGGGUGGAAGUACAUCCAUGGCGAUGUAUUUAGAUAUCCAAAGUAUAAGUCUGUACUUGCAGCAGCAGUUGGCUCUGGCACCCCGCUGUUUACUCUCACGAUUUUCAUUUUCUUACUCGCUCUAGUUGGCGUAUUUUAUCCUUAUAAUCGCGGAGCUCUUUUCACCGCCCUGGUUGUCAUAUAUGCCCUCACAGCUGGAAUCGCAGGCUACACUGCAUCCUCUUUCUUUUGCCAACUGGAAGGAACAAACUGGGUCAGGAACUUGUUGUUAACUGGAGGUCUGUUUUGCGGACCUCUGCUCAUUACAUUCAGCUUUCUUAAUACUGUUGCAAUCACAUAUAGUGCCACUGCAGCAUUGCCUUUUGGAACCAUAGUGGUGAUAUUUCUUAUUUGGGCUUUGGUAACAACACCAUUGCUGGUACUUGGUGGGAUUGCUGGGAAGAAUAGCAAGGCUGAGUUUCAGGCUCCUUGCCGCACCACUAAAUAUCCCAGAGAGAUUCCUUUGUUGCCUUGGUACCGGAAAACACUUCCUCAGAUGGCCAUGGCUGGGUUCUUACCUUUCAGUGCAAUCUAUAUCGAACUUUACUACAUAUUUGCCAGUGUUUGGGGUCACAGGAUCUACACCAUAUACAGCAUCUUGUUCAUUGUCUUCAUCAUUCUUUUGAUUGUCACUGCUUUUAUAACAGUGGCAUUGACAUAUUUCCAACUUGCUGCUGAAGACCAUGAGUGGUGGUGGAGGUCUUUCCUCUGUGGUGGAUCAACUGGAUUGUUCAUUUAUGGCUAUUGCUUGUAUUACUACUUUGCAAGAUCGGAUAUGUCCGGCUUCAGGCAAACCUCAUUUUUCUUUGGCUACAUGGCCUGCGUUUGUUAUGGUUUCUUCCUCAUGCUUGGCUCCAUUGGUUUCCGUGCUUCCUUAUUUUUUGUCCGCCACAUUUACCGUUCAAUCAAGUGUGAAUAGCAAGUCAUGUGGUCUUCAUCAUGUUCAAUGAGAGGAGAUGCAGCAGGUGGCUUGGAAUACAUGCUCUGGGAUUCCAAGGGCUUUAUGCCCCACUGCCUUGGAGAAUGAUUGCACAUUACAUGUAGGACUUUUUGUUAUAUUAUCUUUUAUAGUAGAAUAUGUAGGACUCUAUAUCAUGCAGUGCUUGAAUGUGAGCACAAGCCGUCUGUUUUGAGUGUCUUGUAAGGUUAACCGUUAUUUAACGGAACCAUUUUUCAGUGUUGUAUUGCUGUUAAGUGCGUGUGUUCCAAAUGAUUCAAGAUAAUGAUAGCUACACAACACCUGUUUUUUUA